AGGUUGCUGCUGCUGCUGCUGCUGCUCCCGCGGCCGCCGCAAGCGGCUCCUCCUCCGGCUCGGCCUCCUGGACCAGGGCCAACCCGGAAGUGAGGGAAAGGCUGGGCGGUUUAGCCCCGCCCCAUCCAAAACGAGGCCGGUGCCGACGUCACUUCCGGCCUGGUUCGCCGGAAGCCGGCCGUGCUUCCAGUUUUUUACCAGCUGAGGCGGAUUUUCAACCGAGCCAGGAGGGGGGGAAAAAGAAGAAAAAGAAGUACGCGAUGGAUUACCUGGCUAGGCCUGGGGUUUUUGGCUUAAUUGCUGGUGUCACCUGUGGAAUAUGCUUGGGCUGGAGCAUUCGAGCUCGGCUUUUCCGGCCAGCCAAAUCCAGAUUGACUAUGAUGGCCAACGAGCUGGGCAACGAAGCCAGUAUAAUGGGUGAGUCCGGAGAAUUCAAGAUGGUGAUCAUAGUCCGGAAUGACCUGAAGAUGGGCAAAGGCAAAGUAGCGGCCCAAUGUGCCCAUGCCGCCGUUUCGGCCUAUAAGCAAGCCCACCACCGAAAUCCGGAACUUCUGAAGCAAUGGGAAUAUUGUGGACAGCCCAAGGUAGUCCUCAAGGCGCCCGAUGAGGAGACACUCGUUCAGCUCUUAAACGAGGCCAAAGGGCUCGGCAUCACCGUGAGCUUAAUCCAGGAUGCUGGCCGCACACAAAUAGCUCCAGGCUCCCGGACUGUCUUGGGCAUUGGGCCUGCACCAGCUGAGAUUAUAGAUAAAGUUUCUGGUCACCUGAAACUCUACUGAAUGUGAAGUCCACAGUGUAAAAAGGGUGAAUAUAAAACACAAAUGAGAACUAUCCAUCUCCCUCCCAAGUCCCGUCCUCAAACAGUAAUUAUCAAAUGCAAUCCCGGAUUGUUUUGUUUCAUUAACACACACGUGCACACACUCAGAUGUCCCACAUAUCUCCACCUAGGCUCUACUUCCCCGUAACUGCUUUGUGUUUGCGCAAAUACAAAAGCAGUUUACACUCUUCUCCUACUUUGGAUUUCUCUGGAACUCUUGAAUUGAGCCUUUUUGGGAAUCCGGAGGAGAAAAUGCUCAGUAAGAAAAGGAAGGCAUCCCUACAAAAGUUUCCAAAUAAAUGAAUUACAUGGA